AUGUCCGGGUGGAACGAUUACAUCACGAAUUUGACCGCCUCGUCGCAUCACAUUCAACGCGCCGCCAUUGUUGGAUAUCCCGAUGGAGCCGUUUGGGCGAGGACUGAAGGCGCUAAUCUUUUCCAGGCAAGCGAAUCCGAGCUGAAAACGCUGGUCUCCGGCUUUGCCAAUCCGAACGAUGUGCCGGCGCGUGGAGCCGAUUUGGAGAAAGUCCAUUAUAUUGUGCCACGAGCCGACGACACGUUCAUUUUCGGGAAAAAGGACAAGAGUGGUUUCUUUGCUGCAAAGACUGCUAAAGCUGUGUUGAUCGCCGUUUACAAGGGUGAGUCGGCCGAGGGGUCGGAGGUGCGCACAGCGGUUGAGAAGCUGGCCGCCUAUCUCACACAAAGCGGGUAC